CCGAGAUCCAGCAGUCGCUGCAGCCGUCCAGCGAAGCGCUCGCUAAGCCUGUGGGCGCGCCUUCGAUUCCAGCAGCCUUCGCCCCUCCUCCCCCCGCCGGCCCUCCGCGCACUGCAGUUGAAGCCCCCCCCUCCUCCCAGAGACCUUCACGAGCAGCAACCUGGCUCCUAGUUCUUGCUAGAACACCUCGCUGGCUCAGCAGUUUGCUGUAGCUGGAGGCACACAAUUUCCGGCCCCCUCCCUCCAGAGACCCUCGCGAGCAGCAAUCUGGCUUCUAGCGCUUGCCAAACAUCUCGCUGGCGCAGCAGUAAGCGCGGCUGACCAAGCAAACACUGUUCGUGCUGGGAAUACAAAAGCGCACGGUCCUCGACGACAAGGCGGCCCUCUUCAGCGCCAACGCGGUAUUCUCACACUGUCAAGUGGGCGUAAUAAGCUGGUUGACUCUAAGUUCAUUACAGUCCUGUCUGUUUGGCUACGCUGGAGUGAUCAUAUUUCUAUAGAAGAACACCUCUACAAGAUGG